AGAGGCAACAUCUAAAAUGUCCUGGUUCAGGAACUUGUGGUGUUGUUUCAGCGUCCCGACCGACGACGACGAGCCACCAAGACCCAGACCUGAGAGGAGGGCGAGAAGGACGAGAUGGUGGAGAUGGUGGAGACGCAACAGCAGAGAACGGCAGGAGAACACGAACGUGGAGGAACAUCAGAGGAUGGGAAAUGGAGAGAACCCAGGAACAAGUACACAGGUUCUGCAAGACCAAGGGCAGGACCUGGAAAUACAGGUGGUUCUGGAGAAUUACAUCCAGGAACUGGAGAGGCAGGGGGUUCGGAUGAACCAAGCCCAGGUCCUGGAACAGCAGAUUAAUCUGAUGAACCAAGCCCAAGUCCUGGAGGAACAGGUGGUUCGGAUGGACCAAGCCCAGGUCCUGGAGGAGCAGGUGGUUCAGAUGAACCAAGCCCAGGUCCUGGAGGAACAGGUGGUUCUGGAGAACCCAAUUCAGCAACUGGAGGUACAGGUAUUUAUGCAGGAACAAGCCCAGGUCAUGGAGGAUCAGGUGGAUCAAACUGACCCAAUGCAUAAAAUGGAUGAGCUGCUUGUUCAGCUGAGGCAGGUGCACGAACGGAUAGCGCAGCUGGUUCUGGGGAAACAAGUAGAAGAACUUCUGGAGAACCAUGAGAAGGAACAGAAUGAGCUUGUGGUUCUGGAGAAGGAACCAAAGAAGCAGGUGGUUCUGGAAAGCAGAGUGAAGGAACCGAAAGAGCUUGGGGUUCUAAUGGACCAACUUCAUAAAAUGGAGGAGCAGGUAAGUGUGCUGGACCAAGUGCAGGAUCUGAUAGAUCAUGUGGUUCUGAAAAACCAGGAGCAGGAACCAAUGAAGCAGGAUGUUCUAAUGGAACAACUGCAUAAACUGGAGGAGCAGCUGGUUCUGGGGAUGGAGAGCAGGAAUCUGGAGAAGGUAGCCACACCAGACAUGAUAAGGAAAGUGAAUUGGGUGGCUGUGGAGAACUCAGAGGAAGAGAACCCUGAAGAGCAGCUGGUCCUGGGGACGGAGAGCAGGAAUCUGGAGGAGGUAGCCACGCCAGACAUGAUAAGGAAAGUGAACUGGGUGGCUGUGGAGAACUCAGAGGAAGAGAACCCUGAGGAGCAGAUCCCGAUUACAGAAGGGAUUGAAGGAGAUCCACUUCAGGCUGAUGUUCUGGAGAACGUCUUGGGGUCUUCGUCUGAUGAAGUGGUGCAGCAGCAGAACGUCGAUCACGUUCUGAUUGCUCCCACCUUCAUGAACCAACCUAGUGUGUGAGACUGAUGGAGGCCACGGUGGAGAAUCAAGGCGUGUCCGUGCUCGGCGAUGCUCCCGGUCUCCAUGAUGAAGCUAAAGAGGAUGAGCUCCGCAUGCAUUGUUUCUCCUGAUCAUCUGGAGAACCUGGAGGAGGCGGAAUGAAGAACCACCAGCUGACACGACGAGCUCCAGAAACUUUCCAUCAAUAAAGUUCUUUAAAAAUAAA